CUCUGGUGUAUAUUAACUGGAGCAGUCACACUGAACACGACCUGGUUAGACCCCAAAACCCCACCCUCCCACCUAAACAAUGCUGCGCUGCCAUCGCUGCUUGCUACUGUUGCUGCGAGGACCGCUUUCAGCAUGACACUUCUGGGAAACAGACUCAUCAGCUUAUAGAGUGCAGACACCCCGUGCAUUUCAUGGUUAUGUUUGACGUAGUCACCUUUUUAGUUAGAGCUCUGUGCGCAUCCUGCAAGGUGGGUUUCCCUUUGUCUCUGCAGAGGCUGGAGAAAUGAAACUUUUGCAACAGUGGACAGAGCCUGAGGCUCCUUUUGUGAGCUUCUUUUUGCAUUUGUCAAAAUUAAUUUGUACACAUUAUACAAGACUGAGCCAAGGUGUUAGUAUGUGAGUCAGAACUGUUGCAGCCCCCUCAACUGCAAAGCAUUUUUGCAUCAAGUACCACCUCUGAGGUUGGAAAAUGAUCUUUAUCUCUAAUAGAUGCAAAUAAGUUUUGUAGCCGGAUUUCUUGAUUAAACAGAUUAUGAGUAUGGAAACCGUUGCAACCACAAUGAAGGGGCAGCGUUAUUACUCUGUAUCCUGGGAAACCUACCGAUGAGUCUCAGAAAGACCGCAAUGAUAUUAGAUCUUCAGCAAGUGGGGAGGAAAGCGGUGUGCAUCUUCAGCUUUCCUGUAAGCACAUUUCUGAGGUAUUGGUUGGGGUUAAUUCUCACCUCUGUAAAGAAUCGCUGUCUCUCGCUAGCAGUCUUUCACAAGCAGCUGGCAGGAAAGCAUAGAAAUAAGGUGCUUUUCAUGUGGCAGCAACUGCAUCCCACCAAGAAUACUCUUAUGUGCUACUGAAACUGCUGUAUCACUGUUUACCAACACUGCGCUUCAUAAAGACUGAUACGUGAGAAUAAAACAUUUUUAAUAACAAAGCAUUAAACUUGUUGAAGAUUAAACAUAGACACAGUUCAGAUUUGAAGCAGGUACAGUGACACCUGAAAAUAAACCCCCCCGGCCCAGUUAAAGAAGUGUUACCUAAGCCACAAGAUGAGUUGGCCAGGUGAGCGUGUGUGGUUGCUCAAUCUUUCCUUUCGUGGAAUAUGAGAAAAAUUCUUCUUAUGCUGAUGACAUGAUGGUGGUUAGUGAGGUGGGGGUCAACUGAAACCUCGAGCUUCCUUUCCCUUAAUCUUUUUUUGUAUGCACAGUAUAAAGAAAGACAAAGUUGAACUAGUAGGUACAAAAAAGAGAAAUAAAGUUUCAUAAGGUACUGUAGUUAUAAGUAAACAUCAUUUCAUAUGGUACUGUAGUUAUAAGUAAACAUCAUUUCAUAUGGUACUGUAGUUAUAAGUAAACAUCAUGCAGUGAGAACCUUUGCAUUAUGCAGACCACAGAAGAAAGAUAGAUUGAUGUUUGCUUGUGUGCCAUAAGUUACGUUCUCUCCAGUCCAUGUUUGGCCUGUGUGUGGGAGGUCUUUGUGGGUGUUGAUCUUGACAGCUUGGUUCUUUUUUUUUAUAAGUCAGAGAUGCUCAGACAAAAAGGACACACCUCCUUCAUGCAGAGGUGAUAGAUGCACACCACACAUAGUUUGUCUCACGACAGGACCUUACACCAUGAGCUGUGACCAGUGCUACCCGCUCCCGCAGGUGUUCCUUGUGGAUGGAGGUGGAGGUUCGCAGGACUCCGCUCAGCCACCGAGUCUUGUACCUUGCUGGUCUUUCCCGCCUGCGCAGCAGGGGGUCAGGAGCCGUGAGAAGAGCCGGGGCACCAUGGUAGUCAGCUUUGGUGGGGCCCUUAUUGUGCUGAUGCUGUUCCUGCUCGUGUUUGCAGCCUUGGGGUUUGGGGCUUACCAGAUUUACAACAUGCAGAAAGAGCUGAAAAAGAUGAAAGAGGCGAAACCUGAGACUGAGUUUAAUUUGGCUGAGAAGCAAAUUGGUCACUAUGACCCUGGGUUGACUGGCGAAGACAAAGAUGACAGACCAGCAGCACAUGUGAUAGGACGCAUCGAAAAAAAUCAUUUCUACAAGACUUUGCGGUGGCAGUCACAUCUGGGUCGAGCGUUCGUAUCUGGAGGGGUGGCUUACAGGUUUGAAGACGGUGCUCUGCAAGUCAACGAGACCGGACUCUACCACAUUUACUCACGUGUGGAGUUGAUCUUUAAAGACUGUACCCCUACAUCCUCAUUUGUUCACACAGUGUUUGUGAGGAGAGUAGGACUUCCCACGACUGUGACCCUGAUGGAGGCCAACAGAGCCGGUUUUUGCUCUCAGCAAAGAGGGCUCCCCUGGACCUCAGAGAGUUACCUGGGCUCUGUCCUGCAGCUGCAGAAAUACGACAGAGUUUUUGUGAAUGUUUCGCACCCCAGUUAUCUUACUCAUGCACAUUAUGCCAACUUCUUUGGUCUUUACAAGAUCUGAAGAGUUGGGGGUGAUUGUUUUUUUUUAUUGUGUAUAAUAAUUUUACUCCAGUGAAAGAAUGUAAACUGCUCUGAAUGUCUCAGGCAGGAGUGAAACUUACUCAUCACUUUACCCGAAUGAUUCCUAUGUUGAGUGUUAUAACUGCACUGAGUAGCAUAAUAUGAUAUAUGAUAUAAUAUAUGAAACUGUUAAAGUACAUAGAAAAUAUUACUCAUUUUCUUUAUUGCCAGCCUUUAAAAAUGGUGGUUUAAAUGAAUUGAAGCAAUAAACAAAUAUUAUGCCUUUUAUAAAAAUGUUCAGAGGGUCAGUUAACACUAACGCGCCGAUAUAGUUGUAGCAUCUUUAAAUAUAUUUAUUUUUAGUGUGGAUCUGACACUGCCUAAAUGUGUGCUUAGUGAAAAAAAGUUUUAUAAAAAUGUUAUAUGAUGGUUCUUUUGAAGUAAAUAAACAGAUAAUUUAA